AACAACCGUUGGCUUUGGCUGAGGUGAAGGCUGAGGUGGAGGCCUCACCGCGUGUCCACACGCGAGGUCUGCGGAGGAAGGCGUUCGUGUGGUGGGAAUUGUUGGAAGAAUCCUGAUUCAUUCUCAUGAUGGCUACUGCUCAGCUCUCCCACAACACCAGAACACUGAAGGCAUCUAAGAACACAAUUUUCCCAUCUCAAAUCACAAAUGAGCAUGAAUCACUGGUGAUGGUGAAGAAACUUUUUGCUACUUCUAUCUCAUGUAUAACAUAUUUGAGGGGCCUAUUUCCAGAGAGCUCUUACAGAGAUCGCCAUUUGGAUGCAUAGGAAAACCAUAUGAAAAGGUAGAGGACUCUGAGAGCUGGUGAGAUGGCUCUGCAGGUACAGACAUACUUGCUGCCAAACCUAAUGAUCUGGGACCCACGUAAUGAGGAGAGACCCCUACCUCAGUUUAAAAAUUCUCCGGGAAGACAAAAAGUGUCCUGGAUCAUUACAUAUUAUUAAAUGGAUUCAAGGUUGUUUUGAUGCUUUGGAAAAGAGAUACCUAUACAUGGCAGUAUUAACACUUUACACAAAUCCCAAGGAACCUGAGAAAGUGACUGAAAUUUACCAAUUCAAAUUCAAAUAUACAAAAAAGGGAACCACUAUGGACUUUGACAGCAGUAGUACAAGCUUUGAAAGUGGGACAAACAGUGAAGAUACCAAGAAAGCCUGUUCCCUACUAAUCCGUCAAUUGUAUGUACUGAUGCAGAACCUUGGACCCCUUCCUACUGAUGUUAUACUUACUAUGAAACUCCAUUAUUAUAACUCAGUGACACCACAUGAUUACCAACCCCCUGGUUUUAAAGAAGGGGUGAAUUCACACUUCCUAUUGCUUGAGGGGGAGCCUGUGAGUUUUCGAAUGGGUUCAGUCUCCUCUGGCUUUCACAGUAUGAAAGUGAAAGUCACAACUGAGGCCACCAGAAUGCUUGAUGGGGAGAACAGUGUCGGUCAGGAGGAUGGCACGACUGAGAUAGCCCAUCAGGGUCUAGACUAUGAUGAGGAAGAAGAGGCCUGCGGCAGUCAAGUUCAAAGAACAAAUUUUGUGCACAUUGAACCAAGCUUUGAAAGCUCCAGGAAGAAGAGGAAGAUCAGCGAACCAGUGACAGUCUUCAUUCCUAACAGAAAAUGAAACUUAGGUGCCUUUGCUGUGCCUAUUUUGCAAAAAUGUGUGAAAUGUAACAGGAGAGUCACCAAACCUUUUUCCUAAAGCUUUUGCUCAUGUUAUUACUCAGUUUGUGAAGUGGCUAAGCUAUUGAGCAGGACAUAGAUUCACUUCUCCAGAAGGAAACAAGAUCACCAGAGCUGCCUUGGGAUGGGAUUAUCUCACGGCUGAGUUAGAGAUGAGACACGCUUUGUGUUUGCACAAAAACCACAGCAGUUAUUUUGGAAAGAAAUAAGCUGCUGUUCUUAAAGAAAAGGGUUUUUCUUUACAUAAUUAAAUUCUCCAGGUAUCUCUGUGAAAUAUUCUGACUUGUUAUAACCUGUGUGUUGGAAUUCUUCUAUAGCUUUAUUAAAACUCUCACAGAGCAGCAUAGGAUGUGUGUGGAGGUGCUUAGCCAGGUGUGAUUUAUAUGUUGACUUCAGUCACAAAGUUGAUCAGCAGCAUGUGGAUCCAGAUGCCCUCCCUGUACAAUUUUUCAGCUCUGGCCCCAGGCUCUGUAUUGUUGGCCAAUCCCAAACAUGAGGUUCAGGAGCCUGGUUCCCUUGUAAGACCUAUGUUAAGUAUUUUCCCAAAAAUACUUGAGUUUAUCAGUCUGUAACUUGCAGGUGAUGAUAUUAGUCCCCUUCAUGUUCUGGAAAAAUUUUGAUAAACUUAGUGAUAAUGUGAUAUGAAUAAUAAAUGACUUAAAG